AUGCUGCUGGUGGGCAUCGGGGGCUCAGGCAGACGGAGCCUUUCCAAGAUGGCCGCCUCCAUCUGUGAGUACCUGGUCUUCCAGGUGGAGGUCACCAAGAAGUACCGCAAGCAGGAGUUCAGAGAGGGUAAGAGAACAUUAUAUAUGACCUACUACCAGACAUGGCUUGAAAUAAUAUUUGAAAUCAUUUAAAAUACUUUAUCUGUGCUUGAUUGAGCUUGCCUGGCACAAUGGAACCAUUAGAAAGGCAGUCUAAAGCAAACACUUUAAGUAUUUGAACCCAGGUAGGUCUACUGCACUUAUACACACUACUCUUCACGUACUCUAUAGCAGUGGUUCCCAACCUUUUUCAGUUACUGUACCACCAACAUAAUUUUGCUCUGCCUGGAGUACCCCUGAAGUACCCCCUCAUGUGCAUUUUACCAGUAGGUCUAUGGUCAGAUGAGUCUUCUCAAGUACCCCCUGUGGAUAGGCCAAGUGCCCAUGGUUGGGAACCACUGCUCUAUAGCACACUGGAGUUUAGUUGGAGUGAGAGAUUUUCUAGUCGUCUGCACUUCACACAGAGGUUGUGAGACAGGAUAUAUUUGGACCUGUUUUGCAAGAGAAAUCCAUUUGUCGAAUUUGGGUGAUCUGCCAACAGCAUUUGUUCAUAACAUAAUUGCACUGAAUUACAGCGUGCUGCUCGGCGCUGCUUGGUCCCUGAAUGUUUAAUAUUCAUUGAGUCAGACCGACAGCCUUAUGUUCUGCAGUCAGACACAUUUUUCAACUGUUGUUUGUCUUUAGUUUAUAUUUUAGUUGCUUUACUUUUACUCCUGUAGUUUCAGAGAUGAUUUCUAUUGAUUGUUCAGGAAUUUCCUGCUUCUCUAACAGAGUUUAGAGACGUACCUGUAAACCAAUAUUCUAUUUUUCCUGAUUUGACUUUCCAUCUUGUCCUGACUCUUGGUCACAUCCCAAGAGUUUGUACAAACUUGUCAUUAUUCCAGAGUCUUUCCUUCCCAGCACUUUGCAACAACUGCUGAUGUAAAAAGGGCCUUAUUGAUCAUUUGGAUUGAUUGAUUAAUUUAAUAGAUUUUGACCCUCAGACAUAAAGGAGUUGUAUGGUCUGACGGGUGUGGACAACAAGCCCACAGUGAUUCUGUUCAACGACACCCACAUAGUAAACCAGUCGUUCCUAGAGGACAUCAACAACAUCCUCAGCUCUGGAGAGGUGCCCAACCUCUACAAACAGGACAAGUUCGAAGAG